AUGAUGAUCGAGCUUAAGGGCAUGGUCGAUUCCAAGAUAAAGCUGGAGUUGAAGGUGGGGCGCAACAACAGCAAGGAGAAGGGAAUAGUGGACGAGUCCAGGAAGCUCAAGGCCACCACUCUCGUCGUCGGCACCAGCUCAAGGGGCAUCUUUGGCAUACGCGGCCGUACAGGUGUGGGGGCAUACUGCAUGAAGAACCGACCACCCACAGUGUCCGUCUACGUGGUGCUAAAGGAUAAAGUCACCGCGUGCAGAGAGGCCGACUCCCUGCCCGGCUCCUCCUCCUCCGCUCCCACCAGCCCCGGUCACAUGCUCGUGGCAUCAGCAGCACCGUUCCGCCACAGCCCCUCCAUGUCCGCGCACCACCAGUCUGACCGCUCCUCCACGCGCAGCUCGUCAGGGGUGCUCGAGCCCACCGAUAGCCUCGGGUUUGAUGAUGCAGGAGGGGAUGAUGAAUCCGCAACCGCAAGAACCAAUGGCGCGCAGCCACCUGGCGGGGGCUGCCCCAGCAGCCCCACGGGCCACACUGCCCCGCAGCCCUCCCGAGCCGGUACCUGGCCGCAUCAUGACCCUGCUGCUCCUUCCACGCCUGACGGUUUGCCCGGCUUCCAAGCCUACUCCCCAGGCUUGGCCGUACCUCACAGCAUGCCAGGGGCCUCCCCGGCAACCCCAGAGCAGCAGCAAGCGUUUAUGGCUGAUCUCGAGGCACGCAUGGCCCAUGCCACAGCAGCCCUAGCGGGCCUGCCUCUCCCUGACGCCGCUGCUACUGCUGCCAGAGGAGGUGGUAACCAGCAGGCUGCGUUCGGCCCUGAGGGGGGUCAGUUUCAACAGCAGGCUCGGCCCGAGCCUGGGGGCUCGCCUCGGGUUGCCGCGGCACAGGGAGUGGCACGGGAGGUGGAGACAGCUGCGAGGAUCGGGCAGCGUGGUUUGGCACGCUCCACACACGCUGCUUCCUGCUUGCUGCCCUCCUUCCCCAAUAACCCCUCUUGCUGUGCCUCCCCGUUGCACUUUUCCCCCCUGUGCGCCCCCGUCUGCACCCCCCCACCUGUGCCUUCCCCCCCUGCUCGUUUCCUUCCUCAUUGCUCGCCCCCCCCACCCCCCACUGGCCCUCCCUCGCACCAAGCAGGCAGCGACGGACAACUUGAGUGUGGAGUGCAAGCUUGUCGAGGAGGGGGGUUGGCACCGUGUGCUCUGGCACUUCACUUCAGACCGUGCCCUCCCCCCUGCUCGCCCCCGUGUGCACUGGCCCUCUUUCACACCAAGCAGGCAGCGACGGACAACUUCAGUGCGGCGCGCAAGCUGGGCGAGGGGGGCUUUGGCACCGUGUACUCGGGCACGCUGCACCACACGCCCGUGGCCGUGAAGCUGCUCAAGAGCCAGGACUCCAUUCAGGCCAUGGCGGAGUUCCAACAAGAGGUGGAGAUUCUGAGUCAGAUUCAACACCCACACGUGUUGAUGCUGCUGGGGUGCUGUCCCGAUCGCUACGUGCUCGUCUACGAGUACCUCGCCAACGGCUCGCUGGAGGACCGCCUCCUGCGCCUCAACGCCACGCCGCCCCUCCCCUGGUUCGUCCGCAUCCGCAUCGCUGCUGAAAUCGCCUCCUCACUCCUCAUCCUGCACACCCGCCCCGUGCCCAUCGUGCACCGAGACUUAAAGCCCGGAAACAUUCUGCUCGAUAAGAACUUUGUCGCGAAGCUUGGGGAUGUGGGGCUGGCGAAGCUUAUGCCGGGGCUGUCUAUGGAGAGGACGUGCGACCGCGAGUCCACCCCGGUGGGGACGUUCGCGUACGUAGACCCGGAAUUCCAACGAACCGGGGAAUUCGGCCCGAAAUCAGACGUGUACGCGUUCGGCAUCGUCCUUCUAGACCUCCUCACAGGCCGCACACCCGCUCUGUACGAAGCCCUAGAAGUCGCUGUGGAGAACAACCGCAACGACGAGCUGAUGAGGUUUCUUGACGCGGGCGCGGGCACGUGGCCGCAGGGCAUGCCGAUGGAGAUUUCCAAGCUGGCGAUUCAGUGCAGCGAGAUGAAGAGGAGGAAGCGGCCGGACCUGGAGACGGAGGUGAUGCCGGUGUUGGAUCGGAUGCGGAGCGUGGCGAUCAAGGCAGAGGAGGAUGCGAAGAAGGCGUCGCUGGUUCGGCCUGUGGCGACUGCUCCUCCGUGCCUCUUCUGCCCCAUCACUCAGGAGCUGAUGGUGAAUCCAGUGAUAGCAGCGGACGGGCACACGUACGAGCUGGUGGCGAUACAGCAGUGGCUGGAGAAGAGUGACCGCUCGCCCAUGACCAACGUACGCCUGCCCUCCAAGGCCCUCGUGCCCAACCGCGCCCUCAAAUCCAUGAUCCUCGACUGGCGCGAGACAGGCGGAUCGGGAUAA